AUGAAAGGCAAGGCAGGAAGAUCGAUCGCCGCGAUUAGCGACGUUCGAGCAGCGGUGUCGCGAUUCUGCGAUGAGCAGCUAUCGCGGCGGCUGGACACGCAUCCCGUCGCCGAGGUGCAUCAGAAGGUCUCCGCGUGCGUGCAGGCGGUGGACCCGACGAUGACCCCCUACAUCUUCGGCUCUACAGCUGUGCUGGGCAUACACGAGCAGGGCUCUGAUGUGGAUUUUGUAUGCUUGAGCCCAACGGAUGUGCAGGAUGGCAAAGGCGCUGAUGCUGUCUCGGAGGUAGCUAAAGGAUUGCAGUCAGACUUCCUCUUCCGCCUGAGCGAGGCGGUGAAACGGGAGCAUUACCUGUGGGGUAUCGAGCUUGUCCGCCGCACGCGUGUGCCGGUGCUGCGCGUGAAAGGUGGUCUCGGUGUGGAUGGCGUGAGCUUCGACGUGACGGCCAAUCGCCGCAAUGGCGUGCGCAACAGCGCUUUACUGCGGGCCUACUUCACCCAGUGUCCCGAGGCGCGCUGGUUGAGCAUGCUCGUGAAGCAGUGGAGUAAGAAGACAGGGCUGAACGCCUCCGUGGAUGGCGGCUGCAUCACUUCAUAUGGCUGGAACAUCAUGGUCGUCUACUACCUGCUGCGAAGGAGGCUAGUGACACUCGUGCCGGUGGAGUCGUGCGACGUGGCCGACAUCUCCCCGAUGCCACCUUACAUGCCGCUGGAGACCCCUCAGCAGGGUGGCCAAGGGCUGGCGGACAUGCUGAUGGACUUUGUGAGCUACUACCUCGACGAGUUCACCCCUGAGACCGAGGUAAUGAGCCUAACCCGGGCGGCGGGGGAGACGACAAAAGAGAUGCUCUCGUGGACGAAGCAGGCGGAAGACAUGGCCCGAAUCCGCGGAGAGAAGAUACACUACCGGUGGUGCAUUGAGGACCCGUACGAGUACGACUUGAACGUUGGCCGCAACGUGACUCCCUUUAAGCUCAUGCUCCUGCGGAAGCAUCUAGAGCGUGCACAGGAGACGGCGCUGCUACUGUUGGCUACACCACCGGCUUCUGCGACGGCACGGUUAGCAAAGUAG